AUGAGCAUCUCGUCAAUUAUAUCUACAAAAUCGGAUAGAUCAUUCGACGUCUUUCGCGGAGAGAAAAAUUCGCGGCCUGUUUUAUCCCCACUUGAUACUUCCCUCGAUAACAGAAUCAGUCGACCAAGUGAAGAUUCAGGAAUCGGUAUGAUGUCCGCUCCCGGUUCCGCUCGACCUUCGGCCUCGACAGGACAAUCCGAUUGUGAUUACAAUCUCGAUGUACACAUGUCGGCAGCAAGCCAGAGGCCUGGCUUUUACCAGCGGCCGGAUAAUGGUAGUUUGAACAGUUUAGAAGACAGGGGCGCUUUGACUGGACACGUUCGAACGUAUCAACAAUGGGAUUCGGAUGAUGGGCCAGAAUGGUGUAGGGGGGAAGGCGAGGAGGGUAUGUACGGAAGAUUAGGUGUCACUAAUGGAUCUGACCCUGAAUUCAACGAUGUUGAGGAGGAUGCGGAGGAGUAUCCUGGGGAGGAGUUUAUAGCUUCUUUCAUUGCAAGAACUGGCACGAAUGACACGCAAUUCCAAAGUCAGAAAUCCACAAAAGAAAGAUCGUUUUCACCUAAGAAGAUAUCGCAGGAUGUUUUAAGGUCUAUCAAUUUCUCCCGCAGACCCCAUAGGAAGAAAGUACAAUUCAUCCCACAUACCGGUGAUUUCGACGAUUCAUCGCGACCUCCUUCCGGGUUUCCCGAAAACGCUACUGUAUUUAGUAAAUCGACACAACCUAAUACUUUAGACGAUAUGAGGAACGUCUCUGUGACCACGCAGCCGACCACUCAAUUAUCCCCAUCGUUGACUCUGGACUAUCAUGAGUAUGCUGGAAGCUAUCUGCAAGAUGACAACAGCACACUUUUAAGCCCAAACGUUACAUCAUCGUACCAGACCCGGAAUGAUAACAUCUCCAAGCCAACAAACUGGGAUAAAUUCAGGUCCUCUAUGUCAGAUUUAGGUCAAGCUCGAGAACCGGAUGAACGGGCAAGUAUCGUUCAUUCUGCAUCAAACUCUAGCUCUGCAGUACUUGAUUAUGAGAAUUCUGAGAACGGAAGCAAUCGCGGACAUAUACCACCCAUAACCACAAGGGAUACUUUUCCCCUACGUGGUUCCGCUAGCAAACUGUCUACAUCCAAAAGUCGUUUCGGAAGGCUAAAGCUUCGUGUGAAGAAGAAGUGUAGAAAGGUGAUAUCGGAUUUGACAGUAGAUCCCUAUUCGAAGGAUUUCAAGUCACCUUCAGAGUUUAGUAAACCCGAUUCUGACAGUUUCUUUGUCUGGAGAUGA